GUCCUACAGAGGCAAGUUGUCUAUAGUCUCUGUGAGCGGGAGCUUUUUCAUCAAACGAAACAUCUGGCUCUGCUUAAUUGGAUUUGUGUGAAACUCAGAGUAUAAGUACUGCUUUAUCAGUUUUUGUUUCUUGUUUUUCCUUAUUUCAGAAAUGUUCUUUUGGGAGCAGAGUCAGGGUAUGUAUGAAUGCAAGUCCUCACCCCAGAAUCUCGACUGAGAGGAUCACAUCUCUGUAAGCCAUUAGCCCAGGUACAGAAUGAGCACGUGCUGUUGGUGUACACCAGGUGGCGUGUCCACCGUUGAGUUCCUGCAGCGCUAUGCGUCCAGGACCUCGUCCAGUGAGUUCCAGACCGCAGACGAGGACCUCUGCUACUGCUUAGAGUGUGUGACCGAGUACCACAGGGCGAGGGACGAGCUGCCGUUCUUGCAUGAGGCUUUAUGGGAAUUAGAAACCUUCCGUCUCAUAAACCACUUUGAAAAGUCCAUGAGGGCGGAAAUCGAAGAUGAUGAUGAAUUGUAUAUAGUUGACAACAAUGGGGAGGCACAGCUGUUUGACUUCACUGGCCAGGACUUUGAAAAUAAGCUUCGCGUUCCUCUUCUUGAAGUCCUGAAAUAUCCGUAUCUGCUUUUACAUGAGCAUGUUAAUGAGUUAUGUGUUGAAGCACUUUGUCGGAUGGAACAAGCGAAUUGCUCCUUUCAGGUUUUUGAGAAACAGCCUGGGAUCUAUUUGUUUUUGGUUCAUCCCAAUGAAAUGGUUCGGCGUUGGGCUAUCCUGACUGCGAAAGGCUUGGGGAAAGUGGACAGAGAUGAUUAUUAUGACUUACAGGAGGUUUUGACUUGCCUUUUUAAAGUCAUUGAGUUGGGCCUGUUAGAACAUCCAGACAUUUAUACUACUUCUGUCCUUGAGAAGGGUAAACUGAUCAUCCUGCCCUCCCACAUGUAUGACACUUCCAACUACAAAAAUUAUUGGUUAGGCAUCUGCAUGCUGCUGUCCAUUCUGGAGGAGCAAGCCAUGGAUUCACUGCUGUUGGGCUCAGACAAGCAGAACGACUUCAUGCAGGCAAUACUUCACACCAUGGAGAGGCAGUCAGAGGAUGAUAGCGAAGAUCCUUUCUGGCCGGCCCUGCACUGUUUCAUGGUCAUUCUGGAUCGCCUGCGAUCUAAGGUCUGGGGCCAACUUAUUGACCCUAUUGAGGCCUUUCAGAUCAUUAUCAACAAUGUGAGCUACAAUAGAGAGAUCCAGAACAUACGCAACAGCUCUGUGAGGGCCAAGACAGAACCGGAGUCUUGUGUGGAUGGUAUGGUGACUUGCAGCCAGAUUGUGUAUAAUUAUAACCCUGAAAAGACCAAAAAGGAUUCAGGAUGGAGAUCAGCCAUUUGCCCAGAUUAUUGUCCUAACAUGUAUGAAGAAAUGGAAACAUUAGCCAACGUGCUUCAGUCAGAUAUUGGUCAAGACAUGCGUGUUCACAACAGCACGUUUCUGUGGUUCAUCCCUUUUGUUCAGUCCCUCAUGGAUCUUAAGGAUUUGGGUGUGGCUUAUAUAGCAAAGGUCAUUCACCAUCUGCACUCCCAAGUCAAAGAUGUUCUCAACCAAACAGCUGUUGUGUGUGACAAAGUCACUGAAUUUUUUUUUCUUAUUUUGGUGUCAGUGGUUGAACUCCACAGAAGUAAAAAAUGUUUGCAUCUGCUCUGGGUUAGCGCCGAGCAGUGGGUGGAAGCCAUUGUGAAAUGUGCCAAGCUUCCCACCACUGCAUUUGCCCGGAGCUCUGAGAAGUCAUCUGGCAGUGGCUCCAAAGGAGCAGCAAUGAUAACGUCUCUGUCACUGCAUCCAAUGCCGUCAAACUCUGUACAACUCGCUUGUGUGCAACUGAUUAGAAGUCUCCUUAAAGAAGGUUAUCAGCCUGGGCAGCAGACUCCUUGUAAGCCAUUCUGGGAUAAGCUCAACUUAUUCUUGCGAGGAAAUUUAUCUCUAGGUUGGCAGUUGACUAGUCAGGAAACCCACAAGUUACAAAUUUGUUUAAAGCAAAUUAUUAGAAACAUAAGACUCAAAGUGCCUUUGGUGGAGCCGGCUCCUCCAUGUAAAAUCCCUCCUGCCUCUUAUAAUAAAGAGGAAAGUGAACAAACAGGGAAGAUGUGUGAAAAAGAUGUGCACUGUCUGGAAAAUUACAGCCCAACAUCUAAAGAACCAGUAAAAGCUGCUGUAUAUCCAGUGCAAGAGAGUAACAUAUUAAGCAAAGCAAGUAACACUGUGGAAGAGGGUAAGGAGCAAAAUUACAUAAAAGAUUUGAAACUAGAGGACCAUCUCUCAGCUGAGUCAUACUUAAAGCUGAGUAGUCACCACCUGGCCACUGAAAGAGCCCAAGAUCAAGUUAAAAUGCACACAAGGAAGCAGAAGUCUGUAAAAGGUAAUUCCUCAUGUGCACCACAGAACUGUGCUUCAAGAAGUGAUGCUGAAAGGGGAUGUGACAGAGGGGUAAUGUCAGCACGCUUGUUGACUGAUUCUAAUGCUGAUUCUCUGGAAAAGGUGUCCACGUCAAAAGAGGAUUUCUCUCUAAAGGAUGGUGUUCUUGGCAAAACUUCAAAAGCAAAAAGUAAGGCACAGAAAAGUGAAAUGUGCGUGAAGUUAUCUCAUGUAAUGAAGAAGCAGCACAGGAAAUGUGCCUUGGUCGGUAAUACUGUGGACUUGGGAGGAGACCUAUUUGUGUCUGACACUGAGAACUUUUGUUCAAGGACAGAUACCGCAGGUCAGAAAAGGGAUAGCUGCAGACACAGCCUCUCUCUAGAGCCUACUGAUGGUCUGGGUCAGAGGGAUGGAGGACAGGAAUCGCAUAAUGGCUUAUUGCUGAAAAAUAAGCAGUUGAAGAAUGAGUUAGAUGUUCCUCCUUCCCGUGAAAACUGUUGUCAGAUUCAGGAAUGUCAAGUUGAUGAUAAAGAGCUCUCAUUUACAGAAAUCAAUACUUUGAUGCAUAGAACAUCUCUUUCUAAAGAUCCUGUGACUUUACUUGGAUCAAGAGAUAAGGGAAUUAGCAAGAGCAUUGAUCAGGUUUUUUCUGACCAGAGAGAACAGGCCCCUAGCAUCAGUCCUCAGUGUGACACCCUAACAGAUUCUCAGGUAGACAGAGACCUCCACAAAUUAUCUUUAAUAGCUCAAGCCAGUGUCAUUAAGUUUCCAUCAGAUUCAACUCAAAAAAUCUCAUCCCAGCUGCAAAGAAAAGUAAAAGAUAAAAGAAGUUUCAGAGCCAGCCAAAAUGAUGUCAAGGAAACCUGCCAUGAACCAGUUAUCAUCAUUUCAGAUGAUGAUGGUGAUGGUGAUGGACGAAUUCCAGAUUCUGAGAGAAACAGUAAACAAGGUGAAACGUGCAUUGAGAAGGAGUGUCCUGGGCAGGGUGCUUCAGCAGCUACUCCACAUGUGAGCAGGAAGCUAGCAAAGGAAGAAAAGGCAGAUUUCCUCGUGCUGUUCGAGGACUGUGAUUCUCAGGUUUUUGAGUUUGAAAGCCAAAAGAAAGUGUUUUCGGUUUGGCAAGAUCAGAAACCAGACAGCAGGGAUUCAGUUCAAGAGGAUGAAAAAAGCUGCUGUGUGAGUCACACAGCUGAUAUCACAAACGACUGGGGUUAUGAUACAGACUAUCCCAUGUUGGAAGAAGUUACCAGCAAGGGAGCAGAGGGCAUCGAGCGUGCAGAGCCACAGAACAGCAGUACUCUUGAGGAAUUAUGUGAAAUUCGAGUAAAAAAACCUAAGAGAAAGCAGUGUAAAAAACUGAUGGCUGAAGACACUUUAAGGCCUUCAUCUUCUCUCAAAAAGGAGGACCAGUCUGAUAGUCUUAAUGAGAGAGAUCUAACUGAAAAUGAUUUAAAAAUUAUAGACAUGAGGACAUCUCCCAAUUCAAGUGUUGAGAGAGCCACUUCGGUUUCCCUAAAGAAGUCUCCAAAGCUUCGUACUUAUUCCAAACCUGUCAGGAGAGUCUCAGUUUCUAAAACGCCCAAAAAAACAUAUUCAGAUACCAAAAAAGGGCAGAAUAAGAGUUCAGAUUACAUAAGUUGUAGAACAACUCCUGCUAUAGUGCCACCAAAGAAAUUUCGCCAGUGUCCUGAACCAGCUUCAAGGGCUGAGAAACUUGGUCUGAUAAAGGCUCGUCGUCAGGCGUUUGAGUUGUCUCAGCGAUCUUUAGACAUCAUAGGUCAGUUGCGUGAGCAUGGCAAAACUGUUGGAGUAAUUGAUAACCAAAAAAAGACUAAACUGAUUUCUCCUCAGACUCUUCCUGUGAAAGAUAAGAAAUUGCUUGUGAGUCAAGAUCUUCAGUUUCAAAGGCAGACGAGACCCAGAUCUCGACGGAGCAGACAAGGACUUUACGAAAGCGCGGGCACUGCAAGAGCAGGACCACGUGCAGCCCGGAAUUCCAACCCGGUCGCCCCAGAGUUAGGUAGGUCAGGUGACGGUAACAGAGGAGGAGCCGAGGCAACAGCUAACAGCAGUGGACAUCAGUCGACGUGUGUGUCUCCUGAACGCGAACCUGUGACAGCAAAAUACGUUUCUCCGGCGGCUAGCGACACUAGUGUCCCGAAGCCGUGCGAUCCCCCAGUGUUAAAUGGGAGAAUACCAGCACGUGAGGCGGCGCCCUCCGCUCCCGAGGGCCCGGCGGGUGGGCAGCAUUUAGAGCCGGCAACUUUGAAAAAGGGGCAGCCUGACUCCGACAGCGACGUGGAGGGAGAUGAUAUCUUCUUAACACAGCAUGAUCCCGAAGAUAUGGACUUGUGUUCACAGAUGCAGAAUGAUCCUGAUAAUAGACUCAUCGAAGAGGUCCAUUGGAAAGAUAGGGCUCAGGUAGAGGAUUCUGUACACCGGCCUCAGUUGGAAUCUCUGAGUAGCGCAAGAUGCAAGUACAAAGAUUGUGCUGAGACUGUGAAAAGCCAGGGCGACUACUGCUCGAAACACUCAGAAACUAAAGCCGCCGAUGAAGAUGUCUUCCGUAGACCGGGCCUGCCUCUCUCCGCUCCGAGGCCUCUGCGGCCUUCCACCGCGAAGGUCUUUAGCUCCAGCAGCACUUCACGAAUUGCUCAUCUCUCCAAGUCUUUGGAAAGCGCCUCGGCGCUCCCGGGCCUAAAGAAUAAGUUAGAUGGGGGACAGUCUGUUCCGAAAGGAGCACAGCUGGCCCCUCUGGCGUCUCCGAAGCUGGUCAGCGCGUUCUCGUCGUCACAGUCCACCUCCGACGCCUUCGUCAAAGAGGUCUUGAAAUGGAAGUAUGAGAUGUUUGUGAAGUUUGACCAGUGUGGGCCCCCGCUGAGUCUUUGUCAGGCCAUCUCAAGACCCGUGCCUGUCAGGUUUCAAGACUCUGGAGAUUAUUUCAAGGUUUUCUUCCCUCUGGUGAUACUGAAUACUUUUGAAGCAGUAGCACAGGAAUGGAUCAACUCUCCCAGUAAAGGAAAAUUCUAUGAGUUGCAGUUACGAAAAUUUCCUGCAGAAUAUAAAAAAUACUGGGAGUUUGUGGUGUUUCUUGAGGAAUGUGAACUGUCUAAACAGCUUCAUCCAAAGGAGAACGACUUGGUGUUUCUGGUUCCUGAGAGACCGAGUGGAGAGAAGAGAGAUGCCGAGGGGAGUUUCGCCCACGCCUCCUGUGAAUACCACUGUGCUUAUGUCCACAAGUUUCGCCGCACUCCCGUCAUGCGGAAUGGGAAGUAUGAGUGUUCCCUCUCCAUCCAGACUCAAGAUAACUUGCCAGUCAACUUAAAUGACGUGGUGAAAUGUUCUGUGAUCAGUUCCCUGGUAACUACACAAAGGAAGCUGAAAGCCAUGUCUCUGUUGAGUAGUCGAAACCAACUGGCCAGAGCGAUUCUGAACCCAAACCCCAUGGACUUCUGUACAAAAGAUCUGCUAACUACAACGUCUGAGAGAAUUACUGCCUACUUAAAAGAUUUCAACGACGACCAGAAGAAGGCCAUAGAAACUGCAUACGCCAUGGUGAAACACUCCCCAGCAGUUGCCAAGAUCUGUCUGAUUCAUGGGCCACCUGGAACUGGGAAAUCAAAAACCAUCGUUGGCCUCCUGUACCGCCUGCUGACUGAGACCCAGAGGAGGGGACACUUCGAUGAAAACUCCAACGCCAAGAUCAAGCAGAACCGCGUGCUUGUGUGUGCACCUUCCAACGCGGCUGUGGAUGAGUUGAUGAAAAAAAUCAUCCUCGAAUUCAAAGAGAGGUGUAAAGACAAAAAGAACCCUUUGGGAAACUGUGGAGAUAUCAAUUUAGUACGACUGGGUCCAGAAAAGUCUAUUAAUAAUGAGGUCCUAAAAUUCAGUUUGGACAGCCAAGUUAACCACAGAAUGAAAAAAGACUUACCUUCUUAUGUUCAGGAGAUGCAUAGAAGAAAGGAAUAUCUAGACCAUCAGCUAGAUGAACUUUCCCGCCAGCGUGCUUUAUGCCGUGGUGGGCGGGAAAUACAGAGGCAAGAAUUAGAUGAAAAAAUUGCCCGGGUAUCAAAAGAAAGGCAGGAACUUGCUUCUAAAAUCAAAGAGGUCCAAGGCCGCCCCCAGAAGACCCAGAGCAUCAUCAUCCUGGAGUCGCACGUCAUCUGUUGCACCCUGAGCACAAGUGGCGGUUUGCUGCUCGAGUCUGCUUUCCGGGGCCAAGGAGGUGUCCCCUUCAGUUGUGUCAUCGUCGACGAGGCUGGGCAGGCUUGUGAAGUUGAGACCCUCACCCCCCUCAUCCACCGCUGCAACAAGCUCAUCCUUGUAGGGGACCCGAAGCAGCUCCCCCCCACAGUCAUCUCCUUGAAGGCACAGGAGUAUGGCUACGAGCAGUCGAUGAUGGCCCGCUUCUGCAGGCUGCUGGAGGAAAGCGUGGAGCACAACCUGAGCGGCAGGCUGCCUGUCCUGCAGCUGACUGUCCAGUACAGGAUGCACCCGGACAUCUGUCUCUUCCCCUCCAAUUACAUUUACAACAGGAGCCUGAAGACCAACAGGGGGACUGAGACCACGCGGUGCUCCUCAGACUGGCCAUUUCAGCCCUACCUCGUGUUUGAUGUCGGGGACGGCUCCGAGCGGCGGGAGAAUGACUCAUAUGUAAAUGUUCAAGAAAUAAAAGUGGUCAUAGAAUUGAUUAAACUUCUUAAAGACAAAAGAAGGGACAUCACUUUCCGAAACAUUGGCAUAAUAACCCAUUACAAGGCUCAGAAGAUGAUGAUUCAGAAGGAGCUGGACAAAGAAUUUGAAGGAAAAGGGCCAGCAGAAGUGGAUACUGUGGAUGCAUUUCAGGGUCGUCAGAAAGACUGUAUAAUUGUCACAUGUGUCAGAGCAAACGCCAUGCAAGGCUCAAUCGGAUUUCUGGCGAGUUUGCAGAGGUUGAAUGUCACCAUCACACGAGCCAAGUACAGCCUCUUCAUCCUUGGUCACCUGCGGACCCUGAUGGACAAUCAGCAUUGGAACCACCUGAUUCAGGACGCACAGAGGCGUGGUGCCAUCAUCAAGACCUGUGACAAGAACUACAAACACGACGCCAUGAAGAUCCUGAAGCUCAAGCCUGUACUGCAGCGGAGCCUCACCCACCCUUCUUCCGCAGCCCUGGAGGGCUCCAGCCCCCAGGGCGGCUCGCCCAGCAGCAGGCUAGACAGAGACCGGGUCAGGACGUUGCUUCCUGCUUCUCUGUACCACACACCCUUGGAUGGUAAGGAAGCUGCUGGUACUGUUGCUGCAAAGGACCCUGAGAAGCCGCCUGUUAAAGACCAGCUUCGGGACCCACGACUGUUCAGAAGGAUGGGCAUGAACCCUAAAGCCAAAGGGAACUGCCUAAGGGACCCAGAGCCCUUGAGCACCCAGCUUCCUGGAGCAACCCCUCCCUCGGGAGAGACCAGCUUCCCUGCGAGUCCCCUGGCUCUGGGCAGCACUGGGGAGCUGUCUACGGCCACAGGGAGCAACCAGAGACCUCACGUGCCAUGUGAACCUCCUGUUGCCAGCGCUGACUCCACAAAUAAAAGAACCUGUGGCCAGGGAGGGGAGCACAGGCGCCAGAGACAGACCAGGGCGUACAGUGACGGGGACCAGGGGAUGCUUAGCUCUGUGAGCCUUCACGCCAAGAGGACCUGUGGCUGGGACGACAGGAGACCGAAGGAGGAGGGCAGCAGUGUGAAGAGAAGAAAGCGAUAGUAAAGCCAGGUGACGUGCCUGUCGGCCACGGCGUUACUGCAGACAGGUGGCUGGCUACUAGGACGACCCAGAUAGUUUUUUUCUUAAAAGGAGUCUCUGUGGUGGUGGUGAACAUGGAAAAUGUAUCCGAACCCCUGAGCCUGUAGCUCAUCUUCAGUACUUUUUUGUCAGUUGCAGAAACUCUCAGAGGGCUUGUGUGUAAUAAUGCCCGUGAGGCCACAGGCUUGAAAUGUUGGUCUGUGGUUCUUCUAUAAAAAGUUAGGUCAGACUGGAGUGAGUGUUGUAAAAAUUGAAAUGUAUAUUUGUAUAGCAAAUAGCAAAUUCCUUUUAAAAUUUAACCUAGUUGAUAGCUUUUCUUCCCCCUGCUUAAAACGUUAAUCAUUUUCACCAGAACAAACUUUAUAUUAAAAAAAGAGAGAAAAGGAGGUGGAGGGCGGGCCCUCUCAGCUCUUGUUGCAGGCAGACUGGGACAGGCCAGGGGUCCAGGACAUGCGGGUACCACUGCUGGUCAGUGUCUAGUUCUUCACAGAGGCACCAGGAGCCUCCUGGAGGAGACUCUGGGGAGCGGAGUUCUGUUAGGUCAAGUUCUGCUGAUGCACAUUUUUAGACGAGGCCCCUUGGCACAGACAUGAUGUUUCUGUGACAAGUUCAGCUACCUCUUUUAGUAAGCACCUAGCUCUCCAGCUAAAAUUCUUAUCCUUCCUGAAAUAGAUGACUGAAAUGAAAUAUCUCUUGAAUUAACAUUCAGACGCCCAGCAUAUUGAGCUUCCUGUAACUGGUGGGUCCCCCCCCAGAGGUGGCCCAGGGCUGGGUUACUGCGGGCUGCUCUACGACCACCUCGGCUUGCUGUGAAAGCCUGCAGGUGGCCAGGGGAACCCAACCGAGACAUUCGUUUUAGGUAGAGCCUGGAAAGCUCCAUGUUAAAUACCUUCCCAGGGGAUUCUGGUCACCAGGCAGCUUAGGAACCAUGAGGGCAGGCUGGGCAUAAUACAUGGUGUCCCCCCAAAAAUGUAUACACAGUUUAGCAGCUGAUAUCUCAAUCGAUGUAUGUUUCUUUUCAAAGAUUUACCCCAUUGGAAUUAAUAAUUAUUCAAAGUGUGUAUAAUUUUGGGGAACCCUGUAUUUUAGGCAUGAAUGAAACACCCUUUUCAAAGAGAAGGCUAGAAGAGGGAUGGAUGUAAGUACUUUCAGUUCAGGACCAGGAAGAGUUGGCGUUUCCUGGGAUCUCGGAGGCCAUCCUAACCUGUGAAAAUGCACCGGGGCUGAGAGCAGCUGGUGGUAGGGCACCGUGCUUUUGUGGCAGAAAGUGGCCGUAGUGAGUGGAGGUUUGAGAGACUUGGAGAAGGAAGGGGUGCGAAUCUCAGAGCCCACUUUUCCAAACACAUACAAAAUGAACUGGGAAUAUUGCAGAUGUGAGCACGCGUGUUAGUGGCAGCUGACAGUUGUUGAAAUCGGGUUUGGGGGACUUCACUCCAGCCCACUAGCUACUUGGGGUAGGAAAACAAACCCCAAAGACGAGUGUGCGCCAGUUGAACUUUGCCAUCUGAUUUUUAAGCAAAAAGGGCUUUGUGUUAGUCAGAAAUUCUACUGAAGCACGUUACUAAGAGUUCUUAAAAAAGCAAUGUUUGGUGGCCAGAGUUUAAACAUUCUACUCUCUCAUUGCCUGUGUUCUCACUGGUGUCCAGACAGCACCCCUGUCCCUUGGUAGCACAUUUUCUCUGGGGGGGCAGAGUCCAUCCUUGGCUGUGCCACCAAAGAAAGUGUAGGGUGGGGGCAGGGGCUCCAUAAGCUCCCCACAGGUGCCUUGGGCAAGAAAUCUCAUUGUUACUCUAAGUUUACUUUCCUGCUGUCCUGGUGAAAUGCUCAAUUUAGCAGAUAUUCGGAGUGAUGACAACAGUGUAGUCUGACAACUGUAACCUUGUAAAGGAGGCAUGGCAAAGCUGCUGGGGUGAGGCGGUCACCGACUGCUUCUCCAGCAGGCAGCUCAGGAAACAGGUGUUCCUGGGAUCGUGCUUUGUUGCCGUGCCCGACGGCCCGACGGCGUUCUUUCCGGUUCAGUUGGAUGCCUGUCCUCACGCGCUCUGUUCACCUGUGGCUCCCCGGCCCGAUUGUGCCUGGUGUAGCUGGAGACCCGCGUAAUCCUUCCAAGGAACAAGCCUGUUUCCUGACAGCCUGUCCCAGCAGAACACGGUCAUACCUGACCUUGCCUUUGAAACCAUUUGUUGUUCAGUUGGUAAAGGCAUUUGCAUAAAGCGUUCCAUAUGCAUUGUGUGGCCUCUCUUGAAGUGGCUGUCCCAGCCGUGUUGGUAACGCGCAGUCAAGCUAACGGGCAAGGUGGAGAGGGCUGCCUGCUUCAUCCUGGCCGAGGCGUCACACCUCUAAGUGCCCUGCCUUCUCUCAGUGUCAGUUCCCACAUGAAUAUAUUCUACCAACUUUGCUUUUCCUAUGUAAUCUGUCCUGGGUUUAUUGUGCACAGUUUAUUGAGUUGUAGUUUUCAUGUAUUAUCAGAAUUUUGAUAAGUACAUGUGAAUAAUCUGUGAGUUUUAUAACCAAAAUGUACCUAAACUGUUUUCUAAAGUUAGUUGUGCACAUUAUAGUUUUUUGCUGAAGCUUUGACUUUUUCUAUGCUCUGAAUUCCUAGCUGGGAUUUGGAAAACAUUAGGUCUAUUGUCUUUGUUAAAACUUAAAUUUUAAGAGAAAAUAGCAGAAUUAAAAAGUGGAAACACAACUGA